GAACAAAGAGUUGAAUGGCGGCAAAAUUCAACUGUCAACUUUUCUGACACGCCUACAAUCAAUACUCCACAACCAAAUUUCUUUAAUCACUCAAUCAAAACUUGCAUAUAUUCUCCAACUAUUCAUUCAUUCAUUCAUUCAUUCAUUCAUUCAAUAACCCAACAAUUAUCAACCAAUUCAGUUAACGCCUUUUUCAAUUUCACAUGAACCCUAACAAAUCAUGCUAAACCUCAAAUUAGGGUUCCGAUUAAUCACCACCUUCUUAUUCAUAACCUCAAUUUGUUUCAAUUCACUAGCUCAAUCCAGAUGCACCAGAGGUUGCAACCUAGCCUUGGGUUCAUACUACGUUCAACAAGGAGAUGAACUCACUCGAAUUUCUCUACGCUUCAACACAAACAACGACAAUAUCCUCAGUUAUAAUCCAUCUAUCCCUAACCAGGAUAGCGUUCAGGCCUUCACGAGGAUGAACGUUCCGUUUUCCUGCGAUUGUAUCAACGGUGAGUUUUUAGGACACGUGUUCAACUACGACGUUGCCACUGGGGAUACGUAUGUGACAAUUGCACAAGACAAGUUUGCGAAUUUGACUACUGCUGAUUGGAUUCAGCGGUUUAAUAAUUUUGAUCCGAAUCGGAUCCCCGAUACUGCGUUUCUUAAUGUGACGGUGAAUUGUUCGUGUGGAGAUAGUGAUAUUUCGAAGGAUUAUGGCUUGUUUGUGACGUAUCCGCUUCGGCCCGGGGAGACGUUGGAUUCGGUUUCGUCUGCUGCGAAUAUUAGUUCCGAUUUGAUUAGGAGAUAUAAUCCGGAUGCGAAUCUGACUAGUAGAUUGCUGUAUAUUCCUGGGAGAGAUGAAAAUGGAAACUAUCCACCCUUACCAAGCAGCUCAGGAUUAUCAGGUGGGGCCAUAGGUGGAAUAGUCGUAGGAAUAGUAGCUGUACUGCUGUUACUUGCAGGAUGCUUUUAUUUCGGAUAUUACAAAAAGAAAAAGGCUGGAUCGAGUUCAGCUUUAUUAAAGAACGCACAGGUUCAACUUGUGCCCGAUCAAGGGCGCAAUGGUUCGUUGGUUAGAGGUUCAGAGUCCAGUGGUGGUGCGGUUGCUGGUGCCUCACCUGGGCUUACAGGUAUAACAGUUGACAAAUCAGUAGAGUUCUCGUAUGAAGAGCUUUCGACAGCUACAGAUGACUUCAGUCUUGCUAAUAAGAUUGGUCAAGGUGGUUUCGGUGCUGUUUACUAUGCUGAGCUCCGAGGCGAGAAAGCUGCUAUCAAGAAGAUGGAUAUGCAAGCAUCACGUGAAUUUCUAGCCGAACUAAAGGUUUUAACGCAUGUUCAUCACCUAAACCUGGUGCGUUUGAUAGGAUAUUGUGUCGAGGGUUCCCUUUUCUUGGUCUAUGAGUACAUUGAGAACGGAAACUUGAGUCAACAUCUACAUGGAUCAGGACGGGACCCGCUACCGUGGUCUACCCGAGUCCAAAUCGCCCUUGAUUCAGCGCGCGGUCUUGAGUAUAUCCAUGAACAUACUGUUCCCGUAUAUAUACAUCGUGAUAUUAAAUCAGCAAAUAUACUCAUCGACAAGAACUUUCAUGGAAAGGUUGCGGAUUUCGGUUUAACAAAAUUGACAGAAGUUGGAAGUAAUUCUUUGCCUACACGUCUUGUGGGUACAUUCGGAUAUAUGCCACCAGAGUAUGCACAGUAUGGGGAUGUUUCUCCGAAGGUAGACGUGUAUGCAUUUGGGGUUGUACUUUACGAACUUAUUUCGGCCAAAGAAGCCAUAGUCAAAGCAAAUGGCUCUGUUACCGAAUCAAAGGGACUAGUUGCCAUGUUUGAAGAAGUUCUAAGUCAACCAGAUCCAAAAGAUGACCUGAUCAAAAUGAUUGAUCCUAGACUGGGGGAAAACUACCCUCUCGAUUCAGUUCGUAAGAUGGCUCAACUUGCGAAAGCGUGCACGCAUGAGAAUCCCCAACUAAGGCCGAGCAUGAGAUCUAUCGUGGUCGCGUUGAUGACUCUCUCGUCGUCCACUGAAGAUUGGGAUGUUGGCUCGUUUUAUGAAAACCAGAAUCUUGUGAGCCUCAUGUCUGGCAGAUAGUGACCAAAAAGCCUCAUCAUUUUAUUUUGAAUGUAUAUUUUUCUUGAUUAUUUUAUAAUGUGCAAAUGUAAUGCAAUGUAUUAAGGUCCUGUGUCAAAUCUCGUAUGUAUUUAUUGUUUUAUGUUGAGUAUAUGUAUGAAUACAAGAGAAAUUGUAUGUUUUUUUUUUUUU